AUGGAGGAGUACGCCGCGCAGGAGGACACCGACGGCAUCCACGAGGACCUCCGCGCGCAGCUCCGCAGCGCCCACGGGACGGUCGGCAGCCUGGACGUCGAGCACUGCCUGGAUAUCAUCGAGGCCCACGACGUCACACUCGUGGUGACCGAUACGGGCACGGGAAAGAGCAGUUUGAUCCCGAAAGGGCUCUACCUGCGCAAUCCGAAGUCCAAGAUUGUGAACUGCCAGCCCCGGCGGACGUCCACGAUCACCCUCGCACAGCGGGUGUCCCUUCUGAUGGGGGAGGCCGAGGUGGGCCGGGUGGUGGGGUACUCCGUCCGAGGCGAGCGCGCCGGGGAGAUCGGGCAGACUCCCCUCAUGUACGUCACCAACUUCACCCUUUUUCUCUUUCUGUUGUGGAAAAAACCGGAGGAAAUCCCGUUCACGCAUAUCAUCCUGGACGAAUUCCACGAACGGGGGUCCGAGGUGGAGCUUAUGCUUGUUCUCCUAAAACUCGUGAUCCAGCGCUUUCCGAAUAAGUUUAAGAUUAUCCUAUGCAGUGCGACCGCGCAGGUGGAGGAGUGGAUCGAUUUUUUCAAAAAUUUAUCGGUUGGAGAGUACACCCAGGCAAACCCAAUGUUCCCCGUGCAUAAAUAUUAUAUGGAGGAUAUUUGUGAGCUUGUGGGGGCAAAGUGCCCGCGUAUAGAGGUGAGCCCCUACAACAGCGUCCACUCCUUACACCUGCAUAACAUCUCCGGGGUGAUUAAAAAGUCGCUUUGCUUUCUCGCUAGGGUGCUGGAUCCGCAUCAUAGUAUUUUGGUUUUUCUACCUGGCAGGACCACCGUGGAGAGCUUCGCGAAGUGGAUUCAUAGCGAGCUGAAUAAUGAGCUUGAUCCUAUUAUGUGGUAUGCAGGGGUCGAUCUUUCGUAUAUUCAAGAAGCCAUUCAACGGGAACCUACUACAAAGAAGAAGGUUUACCUCGCCACCGAUAUCGCCGAGCUGAGUUUAACGCUGCCGGACGCCGUCAUCGCGAUUGAUUCCGGGAUGUGCAAGCGGCCAUUGGUUUCGGAAAAAAACCCUUACAGUGUCGUAUUUCCACCUUUAGAACUUCUUUGGGAGGGAAGGUUAAAUGCACAGCAGCGUUGCGGGCGUGUGGGGCGCGUUCAACAAGGGUUUUACUUUUCGAUGCUUUACCGCGAUCAUUUUUGUAAUCUCGGAGAUAGUGAUAGCCGUAUUACGAACUCCGUUCUGAACAGCAUUGUACUUCUCUCUUUGCAGCUUGCCAACUCACCUACGAGUGUGUUUAAGCUAUGCUAUGAACAGCCACGGGUGAUUAGCAUUUUGCACAGCAUUGAUACCCUCCAAGACGACGGGUUUAUCAUCUCCGAGAGCCAUAAAUUGGCCUCGCAAGAGGUUAUUCGCUGUAUUAAACAAAAAGAUCGGGAUGCCAUUGCCUCCUCAGAUGCGUGGAAGAAGUUAGUCUCGGAUAUUCAGGUGGAAAAAAAGCGGCAGGAGGCGCUUAUGAAUCGCACCAAUUUCACUUCUAAAUCCAAGAGGCCGGAUUUGUCUGAGAAAGGGUUGGUCAACGACCAAGGUCGUGCGGCGCGGAAGUCGAUGGAUAAUCUUCCCUCGAACCUGUGGGAUGCUUGUUUUCAGGUGACCCUGAAGGGUUUUUUCGUUUCAUACCUCCACACCAGCAUCGAAUCCGCCUCCACCGCGUUCUACGGCGUGAUGUUCAACAUCCCCAUGCUCGGCAUCAUCGCCUCGGUGGUGGAGUCCGUCAAGAGCCCAUUUAACACGCCCUAUGAUAUCUACGACAGGGCACUCAAAAUCAAGUCCUGCAAGGAGGUCUCGAAUUUAAUGCAAACUUUCAAAGGGCAUUUAAAUAGCGAUAUCGUCUCUUGUGUAGGGGCGGUCUUGAGUUAUAUGGACAUGCAGCGUAGCGGGUACUCCGAGGAGGCCCAGGAACAGUGGUGUGUGGAUCACUUUCUCAGCCGAAUUCGCCUGACUGAGACGGUGAACGUGAUUCGGCAGAUGACCGAGCAUGUCAGCAUCUUCUUUCCCCUCCCUGAAAGCAUCGACGUCGACGAGCUGCUGGAGCAGUACGAUGAUUCCGCACUUUUGUUGAAUUUUAUCUGCGUCGGAUCUCACCUCCAGCGCGCGGUUUAUGUGCAUCAAAAACAACGAAGCCAGAGAUACUCCAAUCAGGCCGGAAAGGGUAUUUUUAUUAAAAUGGAUAUUGAAAAGAAUUUCAUGAUUCCCACAGUUUGCCCGUGGCAUGAGUCGAGCGUCUGCGUGCCGUUGUCCCUUCGAACGUCGUAUGAAAAGCUGCGGGCGGAGUUCGCGACGCAGGUCGACCCUUCGGUUUUUAAUCUGGCCACCCUAAUUUUUGCAUUUCGCGUGGUAUUUCGCCUUCCCGAUGUUCUGGGAAAAGGAAGCAAAAGUGAAGACCCCAAAGGCGAACGAGAUGAUGGGCAUCGAAGUGCCCAAAAGGCCGGGGUUUCGAAGCAUUUUUAUAAUUAUUUCAUCUUUCAAGUGAUUUUUAUGGGGGUUCAACAGACCUUUGCCUGUGAUACCCUGACAGGGCAGCAGAUUAUUCAACUCCGCCGGAUGAUGUGCGCCCGGCUGCGCGCGAUGCACAUCUUCUUAGAGGAGCAAAACGACAUGGCGGAAGAUCUCGGGAUAAUGGACAUGGGGAAUAAGAAAGCCCCCAUCGUGAAGGGCCAAGACGACUUUGGGAUUCCACAUUCGUUCUUGGAAAGUCCCGAAGGCAUCUCCGCACUGCUUCAACAGGGCCUCACUAAAUUGCUUAAUCGCUUUGAGCACGUACGAGGGAAUCGAGUGGUGCCGCCGAAAGAAGGAGGCGAACAGGGCUCCGACGAUGACAAAAAGGGUGUUUUCUGCUCGGUAAUUGGUGGCCCUCCUGUCUUAGAUCCGCCUGUGAAAGAAUCGCUGCUUGUACAUUCCUGUAAUGGGAUAUUUCCGGUGGAAAUGGGAAAUUGA